GUGUGUGUGUGUGUGUGUGUGUGUGUGUGUGUGUGUGUGUGUGUGUGUGUGUGUGUGUGUGUGUGUGUGUGUGUGUGUGUGUGUGUGUGUGUGUGUGUGUGUUCUCACAUUAGUGUGUAUCUCCUCAGGACCUGGGGAUUCAGGGAGAAGACUCUAUAGGAUGGUUGCUGUGAGCUUUGGGAUGCUGUGUGUUCUACAAGUCACUCUCAACAUCUCCCUGAGACUAGUCUAUAACAGAUGCUUCAAAUAUUCUGAAGAGAAAGACCAGCUACAGACCAGUUACAACAGCCUGACUAAAGAGAGAGACCAGCUACAGACUGAGAGAGAUUUUCUUAGCGGGAGGUUUACCAAUCUCAAAAAAACUUGUCCUGAAGGCUGGCAGAAGUUUGAAUCCAGUUGGUACUUCCUGUCUACUGAGACUAAAACCUGGAAUGAGUGUAGAGAGGACUGUCUGGAGAGAGGAGCAGACCUGGUGAUCAUAAACAGUGAUAAGGAACAGACUUUUGUCAUCAACCUCAAGAAGAGAGUCUGGAUUGGUCUGACUGACUCUGUUAAGGAGGGGACCUGGAAAUGGGUGGACGGCACCCCACUGACCACAGGCCUAAUAAUGCAGGUCCUACAGGGGAGGAGAACUGUGUUGAGAUACGCACAGAUCAGAGUCCUCUGAAGGCAUGGAAUGACUUGUCAUGUGCGGAGAAACUUCACUGGAUUUGUGAAAAAGUGGUUUAACAUCACCAUGACAACAUACUGUAACACAUACAGCACCCUUCAGUGCACAGAACGCCCUCCUUCAUUCUCUCUCUCUCUCUCUCUCUCUCUCUCUCUCUCUCUCUCUCUCUCUCUCUCUCUCAAACCCAGACACACAAGCGUGUUUUAUUUGUUUGUAUUAGCAUAUUAAUAAAAGUCCAACUUAUUUCCUGAUUGUGACUUCCUGUGUCUCAGUAGUUGUUUCACACAUUAUCAGACACAACAUGAAGUUAGUACAGUAGACUCAACAGAAUACAUUUAACAAUGAAAAUGUAUAAUUGUGCUGUUAUAAUGCCAAACCACACACACAUACACACUCGUUUACAUGUUUUUAUGAGCAAAUUAAUACAAUUCCUACUUAUUUCCUGAUUGAAGCUUCCUGUCUACCAAUAGGCUAGUUAUGUUCCACAAAACAUUGUGGAAGGGCGAUGAUGCUAAUCCGAGGUAA